UCCUGCUCGACUGUCCCGCUCACUUAGACCUCACAGGAAACUCCUAACUUCCCCCGGCCCUCACACGCUCACUCAUUAUCACUUUUUACUCUCACACAGUCCCACCGGCUGCGCUGAAGCUGACCAGAGAGGAUGGCUGUGUCCAUGUGGAGAAUGAAUGGGAUGGCUGGAGUUCUGGUGCUCUGCGCUCUAUUGCUCAGCAGUGAGGUGAUGUGUCAAACUGAUGCACCGACAGAUGCACCUGCUCCAGCUGGAGACAACAGUUCAGCAACAGUCGCUGCGGUCUCCGCUGCAGCUCCAGGCGCCACCACCGUCCGAUAUGCAGGUGCCUCUCCCACUCCUGGUGUCGGUGGACAACCUGCGGCUUCUGCUGGACCUGUUCUAGCCUCAGCAACCUUAAUAACCAAAGUGUUUGAUAUUAACCCAGAUGGAGGCAGCUCAGGCGCCACUGAUGCCCCCGUUGUCGACAUAGUCACAGACGCCCCCCGCCUUAUUGUGCCUGACGUGACGUGUGUUGGAGAAAAGGACAUUCCUGAGGGCUCUGCCGUCAAAGCUGAGCUGGCAACAACUGACUGUGAAGCAACUAGACGCAUCAUUCUGGCGAACCCUGCAGACUGGUGCCCCAAGGACAACUGUAAUCUAAAAAUCUUUCAAAAUGAUAACGAGGUGCAGGUGGCCAGUGACGAUGCUAACUUGGCUACUUUGGCUGGAGCGCUCCAGAGUGAACAAUUGAAAGAAAAGCUGGGUGCAACAAAGGUUGUGGCCCCGAAAUCACCAGAUUCCUCUGUAUUUGUGGGGAUACUGGUCACCGGUCUGCUCGCCGCCCUUGCAAUCGCCAUCGGUUACUUCAAAUGCCAACGCAGGCCUGACGCCAAGGGAGUGAGGCUGGCUGAGGAGGCCUAUCCAGUAGAUCAGGAGAACCAGGGGAACACUCUCGUAUCUGUGGCCCCCCUCAACCCCCCUCCGGAAACCCCGGAGAAACCUAGCGUAAACGGAGAGUCCCUGGAGGCCGACAAGACCCAGCCUCCUCCUCCAACCAACGGCACCUCCACCACCAAGACGGCAGACACCGAGCUGUGAAAUAGUCUACAAAUAAUUGCAGCCCAGGAACUACCCCCGCAAACACACACACACAUACACACAAAAACACACACACACGCCUAUGCAAACUCACCCCCCUUUCUGAAUCCACUCCUGCCCAACCAGAGAGUCCACAGCAAAGUGGACAUCAGGGACUAGAACAAUUUCCUACAUCAACGCUCCUCUUGUUAUGGUCCCCUUGCCUCCCUUUCUGGCAACAUGCCUCAAUAAACAUCAGGAAAACUAGUCUGACGAUGACGACGGUGGCGGUGAUGAAUGAUGACGACGAAGGCUCGGUCCCUGGGUUGUUGACGGCAGUCGGGCUGGAGACAGGAGAUGGGCAGUUCUGGGUGGGAAGAGAGUGUAUUUUAGCGUACGUCAGCACUGGUUCCCAUGAUGACUGCAGCCUCUGGAGUCACAGAGUAGGGUCUCUGCAUGUCAUCCCACAAACCCUCCACUAGUAAAUACAACACAAGCGCAUAAAUGAAAUUGAUCGUUUAUAGUAAAGCCAUAACAGACGGAGAGGAAAUAAAUUACACUGCCUUGAAAUCUGUUUACAAACUCAGAGAGAAAAUCCGUUGGGCUCUGAUCUUGUUUGUCUGAUUGAGUUACUGACCGGUGCGUGAAUGUGUGUGCUGCUUUCCUGCAUGUGUGUGUUAACUUGUAUCUGUACUGUGCAUGGACUGUGUGUAUAUCCAUACAUGCGUCUUCCCUGGCUUACUGUAUGUACGCGUGGUUGACGACAAGUGGUAGGUUUUUGAUCAAAUACGAGAGUGAAUGUUGAGUCUGAACCAUCGACUUUAUAUAAAGAUGGGCAACAUGACAGCUUCCCAAAAGUGAAGCCAAAACAUGUGGAUCGCCCCCUGGUGGCUGGCUGCAUUAUGAGUCAUAUACCCUGCACCCUCCAUGUUACUGAUCAGGACGAAAAUCUUGUACUCGUUGAACACGUUUUUAUCAAAGAUGCUUUCUGUCAUUUUAGGUAGUUCUUAUCACAAUGAUAUUUGUUCAAGUGUUUUCUGUUUGGUUUAAAUUAGUGUUUUGAUAUUAUAAAACAGAGAAUUGAUGAUUGACAGAUGUGUGAGCCAGUCAAUGCGUUUGCGAUUUGUUGCACUGUUCGGGAAAGAACUUGAGAUCGUUAAUGUGCAGACUCUCGAUCCAAAUGAUGUUACCAGGGCUGUGUUCACCCUCGACAAAACGUGGCAAAACAUUUAUUUAAACAGAAUAGGCGGCGCAUUGAUCACCCUAUCGGGUGACGCAGGCGCACUGGGGUUUCAUUUAGUUCGAUUCAAAGGGUUUUAAUUUAUACAGGGUUCUUAUGGUCCUGAAAAACUUGUAAAAGUCAUGGAAUUUGCAAUUUCCAGGCCUGUAAAAGUUUUGGAAAACUGAAUAUACCCUAGAAAAGUUGUGGAAAUCUGUUUGACAAACUUUUAUAAUAACAAAGUUUUUUAAAGAAAAUUUUUAAAAAUGUUUUCUUUAAACAUCGCUGAAAAAAAAGACCAAAAUAUUUUCUCUAAAAUGGACCAAAAAAUAUUACGUUUUUUUCUUUAAAAAUCAGCAGUGCCUAUUGGGUACACAACCACCAAACGAGAGAAAACCGUGUUUCGAGGAGACACAUCUUUAAACCUGGAAACUGGAGCAAAGCGAUGAGAUGGCAGCGACCGUAUCUGGGAUAUUUUGGCUUCAUUUUUGUACAGUGGGGGUAAAUGGAGACGCGUCGGCUAUCUUUAUAUACAGUUUAUGGUCUGAAAGUGCAUGUGACAUUAGCCGUGAAAAGUGUACAAUAUUUUGUAAGUAUUGAAGUUUUAAUCAAUUUCUUGAAGAGGGGAAGCUACGAGGAGUUCUUCAAUCUGUCGCUGCCAACUGUAGUGAAAUCAAUCACAGAGCCAACAGGCCUUUUUAGGGUGGCUAAAUCACGAGACUGACGGUUUGACCAACACUUAUAAGGCCGUGAACGCAGAGCCUCUCACUGUCAGCUCUGCCCAUCCAUUCGUCAGUGUUACUCUCUUUUCAAUAUACUGUAUAUGCUCUUCUUCAGUCAGUAUUCUGUUGUGCAUUGUGUAUAGUAUGUUUUUUUUUGUCUUGUUUUUAUUUUAUGUACCAACACUUGUUUUAUGUGCCAAAGAAUUUCAUUUCAUAUCAUAUGUACUAAAAUAUUUACUUCUGUGGCACCUUUAUACAAUUUGAUCCGGGUCAUAUAACACAAAGAAAUAAGUGUUUUUUUUUUCACCGACUUGCCUGAGAUCAAAAACCAAAGAAAUUACAAUGUUUGUGGUCAAAUUUGAACAAAAGAAACAUAUUCUGACAUAUAAACGCGACGUCUCGCAUUGAUUUCUCCUUUCACGGCAUUUUGUAUCUUUUCAUUGCUAACAUUCCAAUGUGACUCAUUUUACUAGCACCCUGCAGUUUAAAUUGGAUUAAACAUGGAAAAAAUAAAAGAGAAAAAUGAAUAACUUUU